GUAUCAUGGCCAUGGCGCGGCACAACAAACCGUCCCUGAUGAUUUACGGAGGCUCCAUCAAAGGUGGCUCCAACCUCGGAAAACCUGUCAACAUCUCCACGUGUUUCGAGGCCCAUGGCGCGCUCAUGUACGGCAAAAUCACCGAAGCGGAUCUGGAUGGCAUCGUCAAGAAUGCAUGUCCCGGCGCCGGUGCAUGCGGUGGGAUGUACACUGCAAACACGAUGGCAACCGGAAUCGAGGCCAUGGGUCUGACGUUGCCCGGAUCUUCGACAACUCCAGCCGAGUCACCAGCAAAGAUGCGCGAGUGUCUUCGAGCUGCCGAGGCCAUCAAAAUUUGCUUGGAGAAGGACAUCAAACCGAGAGACUUGAUCACCAAGGAGUCCCUAGAGAACGCAUUAGUGAGUACUAUGGUCAUGUGUGGGUCUACCAACUCAGUGCUGCAUUAUCUCGCUAUCGCACACUCGGCGGAUAUCCACGACUUUACGCUGGACGACUUCCAACGUGUUGCGAACAAAGUACCUGUGCUGGCCGAUCUCAAGCCGUCCGGAAAGUACAUGGUGGCGGACCUGGUCGACAUCGGUGGUUUUCCAGCAGUGUUGAAGUUUCUCAUUCAUGCCGGAUUAAUAAAUGGCGACAUCCCCACGGUUACCGGCAAAACGCUAAAGGAAAACGUCUGGGGCGCACCAAGUUUGGAUCCCAGCCAGGACAUGAUUCGCCCUCUCAGCAACCCUAUCAGGGAAACUGGACACAUUCGAAUUCUGAGGGGAAACCUAGCACCUGGAGGGGCCGUAGCCAAGAUUACUGGCAAGGAAGGCCGCAAGUUCACGGGCAAGGCAAUGGUAUUCGACAAGGAGGACGACCUGAAUGCGAAGAUCUUCAAUGGCGGCAUCGAUCCAAACGAAAACACUGUGCUCUGCGUUCGCUAUGAGGGACCGAAGGGAGGUCCUGGAAUGCCCGAGCAGUUGAAAUCCAGUGGCGCGCUGAUGGGAGCGGGCCUGCGCAACGUGGCCCUCAUAACUGAUGGCCGCUACAGCGGAGCUUCCCACGGAUUCAUCGUUGGUCACAUCGUCCCAGAAGCAGCUGUCGGGGGUCCCAUAGCCAUCCUUCAAGAUGGAGACAUGGUAACCAUCGACGCGGAAACGAAUUCGCUCAGCAUGGACGUGAGCGAGGAGGAGAUUGCUGCGCGUUUGAGUAAGUGGAAGGCGCCGCGGAUGAAGGUGAACCGAGGAGCACUUGCGAAAUAUGCCUACCUUGUUGGAGAUGCUAGUCACGGGGCUGUGCUUGACAUGUUCUAAAGGAAAAAAGAUGGACUACCCAUUCGGAAUACAACUGCCACGCAGCAGCAGCAGCAGCAGUAUGUACUUACAUCUUACUAGAGUUGUCGGUAUGGUAUGGUAUGGUUUCUUUUUGGUUCCCAAUUCUUUCUUCUUCUUCUUCUUCAUCUGAGGCAUGUCUCGUCUUUGUUCUGUUCUGUUCGGUACAUUUUGUCUGCAGUGCAGUGCACAAGUUA